UAUUUUUGAAGUCCUGGGGUGUCCAAAACUCAUGAAACUUUGCACAUGCAUCAGAGGAGGCGUAACUUUAUAUCUGAUAUGGGUCGUGGGCAUGGAUGUGGCAAAACAGCUCAAGGGUGCCCCCUAGAAAAUUUUAAAGUCAAAGCCCCCACCUUUAAAGGUCCAGUGUGUAGUAUUUAGUGGCAUCUAAAACAACAGCCUUGGUAAAAACUGAAUAGAUUAUUUAUAAGUAUAUUUUAAUUAAUGUCUAAUCAGCUGAAAAUAAUAAUUGUUGUGUUUUCGUUACCUUAGAAAUAAGCCCUUUAUAUCUACAUAGGAGCAGUUCCCCCUCCACGGUGGCUUCAAUGUUGCAUUGCCAUGUUUCUACCAUAACGCAGAACGGACAAACCUAAUACUGGCUCUCUUGAGAGCCUUACGCAUUUUUAGAUUUAGUGGGUGGCUACCGGAAAUACACCAGUUUGAAGUAGACGAAGAAGGAGAGAGUGGUUGCUUUUCCCCGCCAAACAUUUUGUAUCGUGAGAAGUUUUGGUACCAAAAACUAACACAUGGAGGACCAUACUUAUCACUUAGGAAAAUCACAGGAGCGUGAAUCAUCAUCGUCAAAGAAACGAAAACACGAUGAAGUCAAACGGAAAUGGAACAAACGACAACAUAACACAAGGAUCAAACAAAGUUUCCUGUUUUCUGCUGGACAGCUAUGAGAGAGGUCUCACAGCAUCGACUCCUUUUCAUGGCACAACUCCAGCAGUGUCUAGUAUUGGUCUUUCUAGUGGGGCAGACAGAGAUGAGCAUCUGGAUGUCAUUGCAGAAGCCACACAAAUGCAGGUCCUUGAACAAAGAUUAUAUGACAUGAGCAUUGUUGAGGAGGACAUGGAGGAAAAUGUUUUCAACCACAGUGUAAUGGGUGGAGCAUCACAGAAAGCACCAUCUAUUGAUCGACUGGAAGUUAUUGGAAUCGACGAGACGGUGCAUGACCAGCCUUCACAUGAAGACCCUCCGGAUGAGCCUUCUCCCUGUGAUCAGGCACCUGUUUUCCCAGCCCCACAGCGUGUCCUUUGUGAAGAUAACAUCAUAGGUGCCAGAGCUUCUAUAGUAUAUGAGGACUGCUUGAGACAACUGGCUACACUUGUGAUCCUGCCUGCGGAUAAAUGCUCAAGCCUUUUGAAGACUGAUGUGUUGUGCAACUGUGUUGCCCCCUUUAAGGUCAAAAUCACUUCAAGGGGGCACAUCAAUGAGCAUCGUAUGGAUCUGUCCCAAUGGACACAGCAUGUGGAGGUGGAAUUCCCAGCCUAUAACUGCAGCUACACCACCAUGGAGAAUGACACUAAGGUGAUAAUUCAUGUUGCCACCAUAGACAAGCAGCAGACAUCAUGGAACUCUGUCGUCAUGGAGAAGGAGAGUUUUAUACAGACUGUUGACAAAAUGACAUCACAGAUAAAGCUAGUGGAGAUCUGUACAUAUGCUCAUACCCAGAUUGGAGCUCUUAUGAACCCAGACAAAGGCAGAUACAAGGACCUCAGAAUUCAUCACAGUCUGGACAUGUGGCAUGGUGCCAAGAACCUGGUCAAAAAAAGCUGCUGCACUAUGGGUUGGCAUUAUUCAUCAUGUCUGUGACAUUCACACCUGGACUGUGUGGACACCUGGACCUUGUUCCUGCCCUGGCAGGCCUGAAGUAAACAUAGUAGAUAGAUGUCUUUGUUAAAUAAAGGAUAUUUAUA